UGCAUUGAGCUCUGCUGGUGUGCAUACUGCUGUCAUGGAGCCUCCAGUAGAGUUUCCUCAGAAGAAGAGGAAAAGAUCGGAACCUCCAACGGGGGUUUCAGCUAUGGUGACUUUAGGAAGGAGUAGCUUCCCUCGUGGUUUUGCCUUCGGUGCUGCCUCUUCUGCUUACCAGGUGGAAGGAGCGUGGAAUGAAGGAGGUAAAGGGCCAAGUAUAUGGGACACCUUCACCCAUAACAACAAAGAUAAAAUUCGAGACAAAAGCACCGGAGACAUUGCAACUGACUCAUACCAUAGAUUCAAAGUAGGAAGAUGUUAA